UCUGUGAAAAAAAAUUGAGCUGGGCAAAAUUUUAUAUAAAAGUUGUUAAAAAAAAUAAAUUUAUUUAUUAAAAUAUAAAUAACUAAAGUAUUUUUAAGUAGGAAAUAAAGUUGGGUCACUAUUGAAUAAAAUCUAAAAGAUUCAAAAGUAUUUGUGAACAUCGCUAAAAGAAGUGCAAAAAUAAAAUGUUUGCUUGAAUGAGUUGUAAUGCGGAAAACAAUGAUUUUCAUUAAUUUUUCAAUGAUAGUAUUCAAUAUCGAUUAAAUAUUAUAUAGAUUCUGGCUAAUAGUUAACAAAGCGAGUAAUUAAAUAUAAAAAUAACAAAAUGCUGGAAAAAUCAGAUCAUGUAGCGCUUACACUUACGACCGGCAGCGUUGGUGGCAUUGAGGAGUCACCAAAUGGUAACAGCAAUUUACCCAGCUCUCGUAAAAGCUUAAGACGUUACUGGAAUCAACUACCUCGCUGUCAACGUAAUCUCAUUAUUUUAGGCAUUUCUGCCAUGUGCAUAACUUUACUUUUCCUACUGCCGUCCGACCAACUGGACCUCAACAGUAAACAAUCAUUAACCGGCGGUGUCUUACCCUAUCGCGAUACUAAUGAAAAAAUAAACCUGGGCAGCUUAAGAAAUAAUAAUUACUCCAAUGAAGGUCAAGAGGCUCCUGCAGCUGCUGCAAAUGAUAAUAAAAAUGUAUAUCCUAAUUCAGAUACUGAUAAUGCUCAAAGUGAAAAUGAGCAUAAUGUAGCUCAACAAAAACGUGAACUCCCGCAAGCCGAUCAACAAGUCGAAGAUGUUGUAAAUUUACCGCAAACACAAAGAAACCAGAACCAUUUAGCUCAAAAUCAAAUUAGUGCUCAAAAUCUCGAUGAACCCUUUGGAAAAGUUAAAAUACAAAAUAUUAAUAACAAUGAUUUGAGUGACAAUACGCCCGAGGUUAAAAUAAGUAAUGUACAUUCAAACAAUGUCGAAGACGAUCGCCAAACCAUAGAAUCAGCCGUACAGGAUCCACUUAGUUUGCCGGGCACUAAUGGUGUAACAAUUGAAGAAUUUUUGGGACGUAUUGAUCUUAAACAUUUGCCCAAAAAACAACAUUUUCAUGGGGCGCGCAAUGAAAAGCAAGAGGCUGUGGUAAAUGCUUUUAGACACUCAUGGACUGGUUAUAAAAAAUACGCCUGGGGUCAUGAUAAUUUAAAACCCAUAUCGGAAUCUUCACAUGAUUGGUUUGGUUUAGGUUUGACUUUAAUUGAUUCAUUGGAUACGAUUUAUAUAAUGGGUUUGGAUGAUGAAUUUACUGAGGCCCGCAACUGGAUUAGUGAAAAUUUGAAUUUUGAUGUAAACCGUGAUGUUAACUUAUUCGAAGUUACUAUACGUGUUUUGGGUGGCUUAUUAUCCGCGUAUCAUUUAAGUGCUGAUAAGGUUUUUCUACAAAAAUCGAUUGAAUUAGGCAAUCGCUUGCUGCCUUGUUUUCUUUCGCCUUCUGGCAUUCCGUAUUCCGAUGUUAAUUUAGCUGCUUUAUCUGCUCAUGCACCCAAAUGGUCGCCCGAUAGCUCAACUAGUGAAGUUACCACAAUACAAUUGGAAUUUAGAGAUUUAAGUAGGAUAACAAAUGUUACUUUAUAUGAAAGUGUUUCUCAUCGUGUCAAUGAAAAAGUCCAUGCUCUUGAAAAGAAAAAUGGUUUAGUGCCCAUUUUCAUUAAUGCCAAUACCGGCACAUUUAGAAAUUAUGCCACCGUGUCUCUGGGUGCCAGAGGUGACUCCUACUAUGAGUAUCUUGUAAAGCAAUGGAUUCAAACUGGCCACAAGGAAAAUGAUUUCUUGGUAACGGACUAUAUACGUGCCAUCGAUGGCGUAUUUUCGCAAUUGUUGCGACGAACUCCCAAAGAAAAUCAUGUUUACAUCGGCGAACUUAUUAAUGGCAAAGAGUUUAAACCUAAAAUGGACCACUUAACCUGUUACCUACCUGGAACUUUACUGUUGGGCCAUCAUUAUGGCAUGCCAGAUUCUCAUUUAUUAUUAGCCCGCGAUCUCUUGGAAACCUGUUAUCAAACUUAUAUGAAACAACCAACACAACUAGCUCCAGAAAUUUCUUAUUUUGCCGUGGGCGAACACGAGGAAUUGGAUAUUUAUGUGAAACCGAAUGAUGCUCAUAAUCUAUUGAGACCGGAAUUUGUGGAAAGUCUAUACUAUUUCUAUGCGCUGACCGGUAAUCGAACAUAUCAAGAAAUGGGUUGGAAUAUAUUCCAGGCUUUUGAAAAGUAUACCAAAGUUACUCAUGGUUAUAGUUCGAUUGGUAAUGUGAAGAAUAUUUUCAAUACCAGACUGCGUGAUAUGAUGGAAAGUUUUUGGUUGGGUGAAACCCUUAAAUACUUUUAUUUACUAUUUAGUGAUAAUCCCAAAGAAAUUGAUUUAGAGCAAUGGGUUUUCAAUACGGAAGCGCAUCCUUUACCUAUAAGAAAAAACUAAAAAGUAAACUAAACUAUGUAAGAGUCUGAAUUUCAAAACGAAACUAAAACAAAUCAAGCAAACAAACAUUUGCGAUAAUUGUAAAUAUGUACGCGUAUAUAUGUUUAAGUUAUUGUAUUUUUUUUUUUUAAUUUUCAAUUAAUAAUUUGUGUAUAAGUGUUGUCUGUGUACAAAAGUGCUGUGCAUAAGAAAAAAAACAAUUUUUAUUUCUUAUAUUAAUUAUAAUAAUUUAUUAUAAAACAUAUAUUAUACAAAUUGCAACGAAACGUACAUGAUAUUAACUAAAAGCUGAU